AUGGUGGUCGAUACCGCGUACUAUGACGUCUUGAACGUCAAGCCCACUGCGACUGAGCUCGAGAUCAAGAAGGCCUAUCGCAAGCUCGCCAUUGUUCACCAUCCCGACAAGAACCCCGACGACCCUACCGCCCACGAAAGAUUCCAAGCUAUUGGUGAAGCCUACCAAGUAUUGUCCGAUCCCGAUCUGCGCACAGCCUACGACAAGUAUGGCAAGGAGUCUGCCCGGCCCACCGAGGGCUUCGUCGAUCCCGCCGAGUUCUUCACAAGUAUUUUCGGUGGUGAGGCCUUCGUAGACUGGAUUGGCGAGAUCAGUUUGAUGAAGGAUCUGACUGCCACUAUGGAAAUUAGCAUGGCCGAAAUGGAGGCAGAGGAGGCAGAGCAGGCAGCAGCAGCUGCUGCCGCCGCCGCCGAGGGCGACGCCUCUACCUCUGCUCCCCCCAAGGUUGUUGUCGAAGAUGAGACGUCUGCUGCCCCUGCCGCCGCACCCAAGGUCCCCUCCCCAUCGCCCUCGCCAGCGCCCCUUUCAGGCUCGUCCACUCCUCGCAGCGGGAGUCGCAUGCAGAUCCCUAUUCGCCCAGCCUUGAUGGACAAGCCUGCGGACGAGAUGCUAUCCGGGACUGAGGAGGCCAACACCGACAUCCACAAGAAGGGCAAGGAUAAGAAGAAGGGUGGUCUUUCCAAGGAACAGCGCGAGCAACUCGCCGCUUACGAGAAGGAGCGCGCACGAAUCCGUGAAGAGCGCGUCAGCACCCUCGCGCAGAAGCUGCUUGAUCGUAUCUCAAUCUGGACCGAGACCGACAAGGGCAAGGAUGUCACAAUUGCCUUCCAGGAAAAGAUGCGCCUGGAGGUGGAGGAACUCAAGAUGGAAUCGUUCGGUCUCGACAUUCUUCACGCCAUCGGUCAAACCUACGUCAGCAAGGCCACGGCUUUGCUACGCAGCCAAAAGUUCUUUGGUAUGGGAGGAUUCCUGAGCCGCAUGAAGGAUAAGGGUACCAUGGUCAAGGACACGUGGAACACCAUCAGCAGCGCUAUUGACGCCCAGCAAAGCAUGGAGGAGAUGGCCCGUAUGGAACAGCUAGGUGGCGAGGACUGGACCGAGGAGAAGAAGAUGGAGUAUGAAAGGAGAGUCACGGGCAAGAUUCUGACGGCGGCCUGGAGGGGAAGCAAGUUUGAAAUUCAGAGCGUGCUCAGAGAUGUUUGCGACGCGGUAUUGCAGGACAAGAAGAUCCCCUUGGCGAAGAGGCUGGAAAGAGCCGAGGCUUUGGUGAUUAUUGGUGAAAUCUGCUCAAAGGCCAAGCGCUCCCCCGAAGAGGAGGGCGACUACAUGGCUUUCGAGCAGCUUGUCGCCGAGGCCAACCUCAAGAAGGAAAAGGAGUCCAAGAAGAAGGACAAGGAGAAGAAGAAGCAUCGUCACAGCAGCGAUAAGGGAUCUACCCACUCUGCCCAGGCUGCGGCCACGGCUGCCGAUGCGCCCAACGUACCGAAGGCCUCGUCAUAG